AAACUUAAAAACGAAAAUGAAAAUCGCAAGUCUUCCUCCCGACUUUGGAACAACGGUGGCCUUCCUUGCAGCACCUUGGGCAGCGGCCACGGACGGCUAACGGUGGCUGGCAGCGGACGGCGACUGAACGGCAACGGACGGCGGCGGGAGGGUUUUAGGGGGGAACGCGGACGAGAGAAAUCGGAAAGUGCGGUACAAUACUGCCGUCUUCGUGAUCUUCUAUGGCUAAGCUUGUUCCUCGAUCGGGAGAUGCCGUGUUCGCGAGCGUUGAGCGUGUGAAUGCGGAGUUGUUCACUCUCACAUACGGAGCGAUCGUGCGACAGCUCCUCACUGAUCUCGAAGAGACGGAGGAGGUCAACAAGCAACUCGAUCAGAUGGGAUAUAAUAUUGGAGUUCGUCUUAUUGAUGAAUUCUUAGCAAAAUCAAAUGUUUCUAGAUGUGUUGACUUCAAGGAGACAGCUGAAGUAAUUGCAAAGGUAGGCUUUAAAAUGUUUUUGGGGGUGACUGCAACUGUUACUAAUUGGGAUGCUGAAGGAACAAGUUGCAGUCUUGUUCUUGAAGACAAUCCUUUGGUAGAUUUUGUGGAGCUUCCAGAUACCUGCCAAGGCCUGUACUAUUGUAAUAUCUUGAGUGGAGUCAUCCGAGGAGCACUGGAAAUGGUAUCAAUGAAAACUGAAGUAUCAUGGGUUCGAGAUAUGCUGCGAGGAGAUGAUGCAUAUGAAAUCAGAGUCAAACUUCUGAAGCAAGUUCCAGAGGAAUAUCCAUACAAAGAUGAUGAAUAGCUUUGCAUGCUGCAGGGCCACGUUUACUGUCAGCAUUGAAAAUCGCUUCAGAAUGUGAUAGGAAUUCUUAUGUUGAAUUCCUUCUAAAGGCUGAAAUCGUAUUUAGGUAUCAGCAAAUUCCUGUAUAAUUUUACCUUUUCUUUGUGGGCAGACACUGUGCUUUUUUUAUGUGAACUGCAGACCAAAAACCAAAAGGCUGUACUUACUCUUGCUUUCAUCUUUAUCAGUAUGCCUUUAAAGCAUCCUUGUUUCAACAGGAACUGUGGCAUACUGCCAAGUGUAACUUACUGGUCAAACCUGUCUUAUGGAAAUUGUAAGCAUACCAUUUUAAAAUAAUUCCUGUUAGACAGCCAUCAAA